AUGGAGCUGGCCCUCACUGCCGUCCUGCUCUCCCUCCUCCCCGUGGCCCUCCAGGAGAGCACCCCCGCUCUCCCAUCCGGCCGCUCCCUGAUGAAUGACAACAAGAUAGACCUGGAUGCAGUGUGUGGACGCCCACGUGUGACAGGCCGCAUCGUGUCAGGGCAGGAUGCCCAGCUGGGCCAGUGGCCAUGGCAGGUCAGCCUGAGGGAGAAUGGAGAGCAUGUGUGUGGGGGCUCCCUGAUUGCUGAGGACUGGGUGCUGACUGCGGCCCACUGCUUCCACCAGAACCAGCCCCUGUCUUCCUACGUUGUGCUGCUGGGCUCCAUCUCCUCCUACCCCCAGGCCAACGAGCCCCAGGAGCUCCAAGCCGUGGCCCAGUUCAUCAUCUACCCAGAUUAUUCGGAGAAGCUCGGCACUGGGGACAUCGCCCUGGUGCAGCUGGCCUCACCGGUCAACUUCACUGACCUCAUCCUUCCUGUCUGCCUCCCCAAACCUGGAGACCCCCUGGGUAAUGGCACCUGGUGCUGGGUCACUGGCUGGGGGAACAUCGCCAUGAAUCAGCCACUCCCUCCACCCUUCACCCUGAAGGAGGUGAAUGUGCCCCUCAUUGACACCCAGACCUGUGAUGCCUACUACCAGGAGAACUCUAACACCCCCAGCCAGGAGCCCAUCAUCUUCAAGGACAUGCUCUGUGCCGGCUUCGAGAGUGGCCAGAAAGACGCCUGCGGGGGUGACUCCGGAGGCCCCCUGGUCUGCGACGUUGGAGUCUGGACCCAGGCAGGCAUAGUGAGCUGGGGAUAUGACUGCGGCCUCCCUAAAAGGCCAGGGGUGUACAUCAACGUCAGCGUCUACACCACAUGGAUUACUAGCCAGAUCCAGAGCUCAACCCAAGGCGUCAGAGCCUUCUUCCCCGCCACGCUGUUGGUUCUGAUCCCGCUGGGGGCCGCCCUGGCCGCCCUGGGGCUUGCCUAACCGGGCAGCGGGCCCUGCGGCCUCAGCCUCUGCGUUGUAGACCCUCCGCUGCUGGCCCACGUCCGGCAAGAAACCCCUCCCCAGACCCUCCAUGGCUGGCUGCCUUCCGCCAGCCUCCCCGGCCCCUGCCUGCCCCCCAUCCCCCCACUUCAGACCCCACGACCUGGGACCCAUAGGCCUCAAGGUGCCCUCAGCCUCCCUGCCAACUUGGGAACCCCUGGGGACAGAGCCUGGUUGUCCUGCCCCUCACUCACCAUCCAAGUCUGAUUCCCAGGUACACCCACACUCGGGGACUCCUCUGGGGGCUUGGGGGACCCUUGGAACUGGGCUUUCA